AUGCCUCAGCGGUCAGGCACACCCAACCUAGCAGGACUAUCGAAUAAGAGAGAUAUUAUAGCCGAUUUAUACACCGAAUGUAUGAAAUUCUAUCGCAUAGUCCUUAGGCGGACAUCCUUGAAUCGAGAUAUUCCAAAAUCUAUUUACCGCGGUCUCGAAAGCAGCUAUAGUUCUCUUAUCCUUUGGGCUCAGGGAUAUGGGGUUGCAGCUGGAAAUCUCGAUAGGCUUUUGAAAAAGUCCAGGUUGCUACAACGCAUGACACUGGAGCCGUUGAUUAGAAUCUGCAGAGUAUUAAUGCAAAGACUUCAUAUCCAAUUCACUUCACGUAGUAGUGACAGUACCCAAAAAAAUAAAUUAUUAUUAUGCCUCUCCGAAGCCAAAAUAGUGUGGUAUACUAUUCAAGAUGAACUACAGGAUCCAGAAAACGAGGGGGGCGCUUAUCUUUAUACAUCUGAUUCACUGGAUGAAGACUCAUUGGAAGAUAUGGUCGCUGAUCUCAAGACUGAUGUGCAGUGCUUGAUUGAUCUUGACUCAAUGUACGAAUGCCCUAUCAGCGACCUGGACAGCGGCCCUUCAAGCCAGCACGGGGGGACGUUAGCUUCUCGAGACCAGUGCCAAAAAUUUGUGGACCAGAUUUAUCGUCAAUUUCCAUUGGCUGAUCGAGACCUAGUUCACCAGCUCGCUUGGUUUUUGAAUGGAUUUCACCUCGUGCGGGAGAGCAAAUUGAAAUCGAAGCACCAAACAGAAGCAGAAGUCCUGCUAAAGACAGAUGUUGAGGAUGCCCUAAAAUUCUACUUUAAGACCUUGACACUGCACGAACGUUUUGAUUCUAUCUGCCCUCUGUGUGGGGAGUACGCAGAAAAUAAUCAGGGAGUUGUUAAAUUGCAUAUACCGCAGCAUGUGGACAAACUAUAUCUUCUAGCGCUUCCUCCUACAGUUAAUAAAGCCAGCAAAGAUGAUUCCACUGAAUCGAAUGCGACCGAGAAAGAGUCCUCAAAAUCACUGUCAACAAAUCUGCCGCAGCGUAACAAGGGCAAGGAGGUACCUAGUUUUACAAAUCGGCAUCCAGGUCUGCACGAUUCAACGAAAAAUGAUCCCAAAAAUGAUGCUGGAAUAAAGAAAUUUUCAGACCAGGGUUUCCCUCUCAAACAAGAGAUCGCUGCCAACCCUAAGGCGUCAUUUCGGCCCCCGCCAGACUUUUUGCCACAUCUGGACUAA